AUGGAUCUUUUAAACAGUAGCUGGUUUCAACCACCCACUCUCCUUCUAACUGGAAUUCCUGGAUUCGAGGCUCUACAAGUUUGGAUCUCUAUCCCACUAUGUGUUAUGUAUCUCAUUGCCCUCCUAGGGAAUACUACCAUCCUCUUUGUUAUCAAAAACACCCCCAGCCUUCAUGAGCCUCAGUAUAUCUUUCUGUCAAUGCUGGCAGCCACAGAUGUGGGUCUGUCUUUAUCAACUAUACCUACAGUACUUAAUGUCUUCCUCCUGAAUCAAAGAGAGAUUGAGUUCCACUGUUGCCUAACACAGAUGUUCUUCAUUCACACCUUUUCCUCCAUGGAGUCAGCCAUUCUUUUGGCCAUGGCUUUUGACAGAUUUGUGGCCAUUCGCAACCCACUGCACUACACUGUUAUUUUAACCCAUUCGCGAAUUAUUGGGAUGGGGAUUGCAGCCAUAGUUAGAGGUGUGAUGUUGAUGGCACCUUUGUCAAUUUUACUGAAGAGACUGUCCUUCUGCAAGGGUGUCAUUCUCUCUCAUUGCUACUGCUACCACCCUGACGUUAUGAAGCUGGCCUGUGGCCCUGUAAAAGUCAACAUCAUCUACGGAUUGUGCCUUGUUAUUUCCUCUUUUGGAGUUGAUUCUGUGUUCAUUGUCAUCUCAUACAUCCUUAUUUUGAAAACAGUACUGGGUAUUGCCUCGGAAGAUGGACGACUCAAGGCACUGAAUACUUGUGUUUCCCAUAUUUUCACUGUCUUCAUCUUUUAUGUACCACUCAUUAUACUAGCUCUUAUUCAUAGGUUUGGUAAAUUUAAAACUCCUCUUCUUCAUGUCACUAUGGCUAAUCUUUUCCUCUUCUUGACCCCUGUCCUCAAUCCAUUGGUUUAUAGCCUAAAAACCAAACAGAUAAGGUCUUCCAUACACAAGAUACUCAAGGGAAGGGUACAUUUACUCAAGUAG